AAAGUAAAAAAAACGAGCGGAGCAAAGAUACAUGACGGAGGCAGAGAAAUCCGCGCGACCCAAGUCAUCCAAUGUGCGGGAGCAUUUCACACUAAAUAAACAGAAAAACUGUGUUAACUGCAAAAUAUGCAAAAGCGACAUGGCACAGGAGCACCACGGCAAUGAUCCAGCACCUGAAACACAAACUUGUCUUUGAUGAGGAGGAAGGGAGUUCAACAGCAGAUCUAAUGGAAGUGAAAGAAACAUCAGUUUGUCCUCAUUGUGGAAAUGGAUUUGAAAGUGAAGAGCAGCUUGUGAAGCACAUAAGAAUCCACACUGGAAAAAAGCCUUUCACCUGCCCUCAGUGUGAAAAACAUUUCUCAAGCCAAAGAAGACUUACUGCUCACAUGAAAACUCACAAUGGAGAGCGUCCAUACACAUGUGAUGAGUGUGGAAAGAGUUUUGCAGAAAAAAGAAAUCUUGAUGUCCACACGAGAAUUCACACUGGAGAGCGUCCAUACACAUGUGAUGAGUGUGGAAAGAGUUUCAGAAAUAAAAUCCAUCUUGAUAUCCACAAGAGAAUUCACACUGGAGAGCGUCCAUACAAAUGUCCUCAGUGUGGAAAGAGUUUCACAGAUAAAAGAAAUCUUGAUACCCACAUUAGAACUCAUACUGGAGAGCGUCCAUACAUAUGUGUGCACUGUGGAAACAGUUUCACACAAAAAAAAUGUCUUGUUGUCCACAUGAGAGUUCACACUGGAGAGCGACCAUACACGUGUGUUCAGUGUGGAAAGAGUUUCACAGAAAAAAGAAAUCUUAAUACCCACAUUAGAGUUCAUACUGCAGAGCGUCCAUACAUAUGUGUUCAGUGUGGAAAGAGUUUCACACAAAAAAACAAUCUUGUUAUCCACAUGAGAAGUCAUACUGGAGAACGACCAUACACCUGUUCUCAGUGUGGAAAGAGUUUCACAGAUAAAAGAAAUCUUGAUACCCACAUGAGAAUUCACACUGGAGAGCGUCCAUACGUGUGUGUUCACUGUGUAAAGAGUUUCACACACAAAAAACAUGUUGUUGUCCACAUGAGGACUCAUACUGGAGAGCGACCAUACACGUGUGUUCAUUGUGGAAAGAGUUUCGUAAGAAAAAACAUUCUUGACGUUCACAUGAGACUUCACACUGGAGAGCGUCCAUACACAUGUCCUCAGUGUGAAAAGAGUUUCACAGAUAAAAGAAAUCUUGAUACCCACAUUAGAACUCAUACUGGAGAGCGUCCCUACAAAUGUCCUCAGUGUGGAAAGAGUUUCACACAAAAAGUCAACCUUGAUGCCCACAUGAGAGUUCACACUGGAGAGCGUCCAUACUUGUGUGUUCACUGUGAAAAGAGUUUCACAGAUAAAAGAAAUCUUAAUACCCACAUGAGGAUUCACACUGGAGAGCGUCCAUACACAUGUGCUCAGUGUGAAAAGAGUUUCACAGAAAAAAAAUAUCUUGAUGUCCACAUAAGAUGUCACACUGGAGAGCGCCCAUACACCUGUUCUCAGUGUGGAAAGAGUUUCACACAAAAAUUCAACCUUGAUGUCCACAUGAGAGUUCACACUGGAGAGCGUCCAUACGUGUGUGUUCACUGUGAAAAGAGUUUCACAGAUAAAAGAAAUCUUGAUGUCCACAUGAGAAUUCAUACUGGAGAGCGUCCAUACAUGUGUGUUCACUGUGAAAAGAGUUUCAGAGAUAAAGGUAAUCUUAAUAACCACAUGAAGGUUCACACUAAAGAACGUCCACACACAUGUACAGAAAAAGAAAAGCUGUCUUAAGAAACACCAGCUAGAAUUCAUGCUGAAGAGUGCCUGUACACAUGUCUGCGGUGUGGAAGUAGUUUGCCAAAUAAAGGAAAACUUACUUUGGACAUGAGUGACAUGUCUAGUCUGAUUUGUUAAAAAAUAAAUGUGUAGAAAAAACCUUUAUCUAGUAGUUUUUUAGGUUGUUUAAUCAUUCUAAAAAUUGUUUGUGCCUAAGCAAAAGUAUGUCUAAAGGACGUCAUUUCUAUGUCUUUGUCAAGGUUGAAAAGUUGAAAGGUUUUUCUACAA